CAUAGUUCAGAGCCAAACAAUGUCGACCACAAUCGAAAUCUCAGAGAAAAGCGACGCAGGCAAAGCAAAAGCGCCCAUGCUUGUAGCUCCACGUGAUCAGGGAGGAUGGAAGAAGGGGAUGGCCAUAAUGGACUUUGUUCUGAGGUUGGGAGGCAUAGCUUCUGCCUUGGGUGCUGCGGCCGCCAUGGCAACUGCUGAUCAGAUUCUUCCUUUCUUCACUCAGUUCCUCCAGUUUGAAGCCGGCUACGACGACUUCCCUACUUUCCAGUUUUUCGUCGUUGCAAUGGCAUUUGCAGGAGGCUACCUAGUUCUCUCUCUACCUUUCUCCGUAGUAACCAUCAUUCGUCCCCAUGCUGUGGGAGCAAGGCUUCUCCUCAUUGUCCUUGACACCGUGUUUCUGACGCUGGCAGCUGCCGGUGGGGCUGCAUCGGCCGCCAUAGUAUACUUGGCACACAAUGGGAACGAUGACUCCAAUUGGCUUGCCAUCUGCAGUCAGUUCACAGAUUUUUGCCAGGCUACCAGUGGAGCAGUUGUGUCGUCCUUCGUUGCCGUGGUUUUCUUUGUGGUGUUGGUUAUCGUCUCUGCUUUGGCUCUCCAAUAACACACACCUACACAUGUGCUCAUAUAGCUAUGAGAUUAUUAUAUAUAUUCACAGAGCUUGACUUGUAUCUUCUUG